AUGGUCAAUGCAGGAGACAUGAAUGGUUCUGGCAACCUGAUGGAUUUUCUGGAUGAGCCUUUCCCUGAUGUUGGGACUUAUGAAGAUUUCCACACCAUCGACUGGCUGCGGGAGAAAUCACGCGACACUGACCGCCACAGAAAGAUUACAAGCAAAAGUAAGGAAUCCAUAUGGGAGUUCAUCAAGAGUUUGCUGGAUGCCUGGUCAGGAUGGGUUGUAAUGCUUCUCAUAGGACUACUGGCAGGCACAUUAGCUGGAGUGAUAGAUUUAGCUGUGGACUGGAUGACAGACCUGAAAGAGGGUGUCUGCCUGUCUGCCUUCUGGUACAGCCACGAGCAGUGCUGCUGGACGUCUAAUGAAACUACAUUCGAUGACAGGGACAAAUGUCCCCAGUGGCAGAAAUGGUCUGAACUUCUUGUAAGCCAGUCUGAGGGUGCAAGUGCUUACAUUCUAAACUAUUUUCUAUACAUUAUGUGGGCUCUAUGUUUUGCUUUCCUGGCAGUCUCCCUGGUCAGAGUGUUUGCUCCCUAUGCCUGUGGCUCUGGAAUCCCAGAGAUAAAAACCAUCUUGAGUGGGUUCAUUAUUAGGGGCUACCUGGGAAAGUGGACACUUUUAAUCAAAACAGUCACCUUGGUUCUGGUGGUAUCUUCAGGCCUCAGCCUUGGGAAAGAGGGGCCGUUAGUCCACGUGGCCUGUUGCUGCGGAAACUUCUUCAGCAGCCUGUUCUCAAAGUACAGCAAGAAUGAAGGGAAGAGGAGAGAGGUGCUCUCAGCUGCAGCUGCUGCAGGAGUUUCUGUUGCCUUUGGGGCUCCAAUUGGAGGCGUGCUUUUCAGUCUGGAAGAGGUCAGCUACUACUUUCCUCUAAAAACCCUUUGGAGGUCAUUUUUUGCUGCUCUUGUGGCUGCCUUCACACUGAGGUCCAUCAAUCCUUUUGGAAACAGCCGGCUGGUCCUGUUCUACGUGGAGUACCACACCCCCUGGUACAUGGCUGAGCUCUUCCCCUUCAUCCUGCUCGGUGUCUUCGGUGGCCUCUGGGGGACCCUUUUUAUUCGAUGCAACAUCGCCUGGUGCAGGAGGCGAAAAACCACCAGACUUGGGAAAUACCCAGUCCUGGAGGUUAUAGUGAUAACGGCUAUCACCGCCAUCAUCGCCUACCCCAACCCCUACACCCGGAGGAGCACCAGUGAGCUGAUCUCAGAGCUCUUCAAUGACUGCGGUGCCUUGGAGUCCUCACAGCUCUGUGACUAUAUCAAUGACCCAAACAUGACCCGGCCAGUGGAUGACAUUCCCGACAGACCUGCCGGCCCUGGAGUCUACACCGCCAUGUGGCAGCUCGCCUUGGCUUUGGUGUUUAAAAUUGUGAUCACGAUAUUCACUUUCGGCAUGAAGAUCCCUUCAGGUCUUUUCAUUCCCAGCAUGGCUGUUGGAGCCAUGGCUGGCAGGAUGGUUGGGAUCGGUGUAGAGCAGCUGGCCUAUCACCAUCAUGACUGGAUCAUCUUCAGGAACUGGUGCAGACCUGGGGCAGACUGUGUCACGCCAGGACUUUAUGCUAUGGUGGGAGCGGCAGCUUGCUUGGGUGGUGUUACCCGAAUGACGGUCUCUCUGGUGGUGAUUAUGUUUGAGCUAACUGGAGGCCUGGAGUACAUCGUACCUCUUAUGGCUGCAGCUGUCACAAGCAAGUGGGUGGCAGAUGCCUUUGGGAAAGAAGGGAUCUAUGAAGCUCACAUUCAUCUGAACGGCUACCCAUUUCUGGAUGUGAAGGAUGAAUUCACCCACCGAACUCUGGCAACUGAUGUCAUGAGACCAAGGCGUGGCGAAGCUCCUCUCUCUGUUCUGACGCAGGACAGCAUGACAGUGGAGGAUGUCGAGACACUAAUCAAGGAGACUGACUACAAUGGCUUUCCAGUAGUGGUUUCGAAAGACUCGGAGAGACUUAUUGGAUUUGCGCAGAGACGAGAGCUGAUUCUUGCAAUAAAGAAUGCAAGGCAGCGUCAGGAUGGGGUGGUAAGUAACUCCAUCGUGUACUUCACUGAAGACCCCCCAGAACUGCCACCCAACAGUCCCCAUCCACUGAAGCUGCGGCGUAUUCUCAACCUGAGCCCUUUCACUGUCACCGACCACACACCAAUGGAGACUGUGGUAGAUAUUUUCCGGAAACUCGGACUCCGGCAGUGUCUUGUCACUCGCAGUGGGAGGCUGCUGGGUAUCAUAACUAAAAAGGAUGUAUUAAGACACAUGGCUCAAAUGGCAAACCAGGACCCUGAAUCUAUCAUGUUUAACUAG